AUGGCACUUCCGUCGGGACCUCUGAUGCAGCGGCAGGAGGGGAAGGGGAUGGGGAUGGAGUCAGAGGAUGAAGGAGAUGAUAGUACUGCUACCACCUACUAUAACGGAAUGGGACGGGAGUACUACUGCAAGGAGCUUGGCCGACCGUUGGGCAGCGAUAUUUACGGUCCAUGUUAUACUUCGUAUGAAAAAGAUCUCAGUCUUGAAGAUCUGAACAGGCUCUUCGGUGAGCUCUCUCAAGUCCAAAAAGACAUUAGAUUCCGGCUACCUCCAUUGCAUGGUCGUGAAGACAAGACCGGCGGCACAUCUAUGGCACAAGAUCUGCAACCACCAAGUGUUCUGCCGGCGGAUCGUUUGGGUACUACUCAUUCACUUAUGCAGUCAUCGUGGCCUCACAAUCUUUCACAACUCCAGCUACCUUCAGAUCCACUACCAUCACAACCAGAACAAACUUCGGCACCACUUUUUCCUAUCCAGGCACCACAAAUGUUACAUUCUGCACCACCAUCUUUAGCUCCACAUUUGGCUUCCCAUGUCCAACCCAUACCAAAUCAGGUACAUGAGCAAACUUCACCAGAGGAGUUGCAUGUUCAAAACUAUGAAAGUCCCUGCAACAUAGUGCAACCACAACAAAAUGAUGCAAACCAUGACUCAACAUCUGGGCAGAAUUUGGAGGCCUCUCCACUAUUGGGGUACUCGAGUGCCAAUGCUUUUUCUAUUGAUGGCCCAUUUAACACUGAAAAAUGGGGUUAUGCUCCAUCAGACCAGUCAUAUUACAAUAGUUUCCUAGGGAUGGAUGCUUACUUAGGCUCUAGCGCUACGGAUCUAGGCCAGUCUUCCAUGGUAAAUGGUGGAUGGGUUGAUGUGUCGCCCUCUUCCACUUGA